AUGAUGAGCAAGCUAAAAACGAUCUCUGAAAUACAUAGACAAGAUAUAAGAGCUACAAUUAUCAAUUCAGAUAAGAAUCACUACGAAAUGUAUAAAGUGUAUCUGAAUAAUGCUGAAAAGAAAUUUAAAGGAGAAAUUGACUUGCUAAAAGGUCAGUUAAAGAGGUUUAAUCUUGAGACAUUCAGUACAUAAAAAAUCAUAUUCAAACUAUCAACCAUCAUCAUUUACAUGGAACAAUUUUUUGAUGAGAUCAAAUUGAAAUUUGAAACAAAUGACUACAAUGGUGUGGCAUAGCUGCUAGGAGUCAAAUUUAACAAAUCUAGAAAGACUCAAAGCAGGAAACAACUUGAGGAAGAUAUAAGAAAUCUAAAGUUUAAUGCAGAGAAUCAAAUCUCCGAGAAACCACUUAAGGGAGGUUUUGGAUCUAAAAAAGCAAGUUUUGAUAUUAGUAUUUAACCACCUUAAACAAUUUUAAGUGAAGAUGAUGAAGAUCAAGAUUUGCUAGACGAUAUAAGUCUUAGAGACUAAAAGAUCUCUUAUCUUUUACAAGAAAUUAGUUCAUAUAAACAGCAACUAGAUUAAGUAAAAUCUGAAUACAAAAAUCUUGAAAACUACUCAGACAUGAUAAGCUUAGAUCUUGAGAGGAUAAGAGCGAAAUACUCAGUCUCUGAAAAUAGAUGUAAAGAUUUGCAAAAGAUUAUUGAGUCAAUGUCCAAAGGGCAUAAGGACAAGUUCGAGGACAUUUAACUUAUGUUUUUCGGCAAAGAGUAGGAUCUUGUCUCAAAGAUUAAUGAGGAAAAAGCCAGAUUUGACAAGUUUAAGAGUGAGAUCGAUAUCGAAUUGAAGAUAAAGGAUACUAUCAUUGAAAGACUAGAAAACUAUAAUAAGGUUCUUAAAAAUGAAAUCACAAUGGGUAAAAGAGUUCUCUAAGAUCCAAGACUGAGUCAAAUAGUGUCUAGAAAUUUUAGAUCUAACAUUCAAGAUUUCAACCAAAAUGAUUAUUUCCUUAAAGAGAAUUCAAAGGUCGCUACUAUUCUUAAAGAAUAAGAUGAACUGAGAAAAAAUAUUGAAGUUUAAGGCAUUCCAGAUGAGGUGAUGAGGAUUAGAAGUGACAACUAUACGCCAGGUAUUCUGAGGAUAAAAUAAAAAAUGAAUAAUUCAGUUACAAUACAAUCAGACACAGAAUCUAUAAACAAUACUAGAAAUAUAUCAAUGAUGUAGGAUACAUAUCAAAACUUAAAGAGCAUCAAAAAUGAAAUGCCUAGCACUUAAAACUAAUAAUACAGGCAGUAGAUGGUGAUUAAUCAUGCAGACAUUUAAAAUUACUUUAGCUAGAGAAAGAAGUCAAAGACUCCCUUUAACAAGUUCAGAGUAGCAAAACAGAUAUCAAUAUUUGAUGAGUCUUAAAAUUCAAAGCAGAGUUAAUUCUCUACGUUUUAGGAUACAAGCUUCCAGUUUGCACCUUCUACAAGGACUACAUAAAGAAAUGUCUUUAGCAAUGAUAGACAGAGAAACCGCACCCUUCUAAUAGAAGAUAAAGAUAGUAAUAUACUUGGAAACGAUGUAAGCUUGGUAUUAUAGCAUUUAAAGAAAAAGAGAGAACUAUAAUGA